ACCCCGCUUAGUCGUGGAUCCGUUUACAAGUUUUUGUCUACGAGUUGAGAAGUCGAAGAUUAAAAUCAGACAUGGAUUCGAGACAACGUGGACGAUGAAACGACCGAUCGGCGUGAACGAGGCAAAAAUUUCAGAUGGAAAGAAGCGAUGGAGGAAAAUGGACAGUAAGGGUGCAGCCCCGGUGGCGGCGCUGGUGUAAAACGGCCGAAUAGCGGUUCGGUGAAACUAGCCGAGCGACCUCGGCUCGUUUCGGCUCGCCGCGUUAGUUCGUGUUCUCUCGCAGUACGCGACGGAUGUGUUCUACCCGCGGCGAGUCUCGCGUUCUCUAUUCGGAGAAAAAAAAAAAACUGUUAUCCGUCACCGAAUGAGCGUGGAACACGUAAUUUAGUGAUUCGCGUGUAAAUAAGAAACUGUGCUGCAAGUUGAAAAACAGAACGGAACGCGUAUCUCGCGAAAACGAUCACACGAGGUCAUAGUGCUCCAACCGGCGAUAAAGUUUCAUAGUGACUUGUGUAAAAAAAAGUGGUGAACCAGAGUGCGCGAGUAUAUCGAGUUCGCAUCGUGUACGACAUUUUCGAACGCAAUUUACGACGAAAGAAGUCCAAUAAUCGGAUCGAUUUUACGUGGUAACGCGUGAAUUGUCAGGGAAGAAUAUACCAUCACCGUCGCCGCGGUGCACCGUCCAUCCACCUUUCGCGUUGCCGCGAGUGCACGGGAUAAAAUGGCGCUUGGUUUCGUCCGUGUACCUCUAUCGACCAUGACAAACAAUUUAACGACGGAAUUGCGUCGACGCCAGUCGCGACGUUUUUGAGCACGGAACAUUUCGCGGUAUCGUUUCCCCUCUCGCCCCACCUUCUUGCUCCGUUUCGGUUGUUUUCCCCUUUUGUCCGUGAAUCGAAUCGAACGUCCGUAUCGCCUCCAGCCACGAGUUCGAGCCGAGGAACACAAUUCACGUUGGAGAAAAACAGUCUCGAAAAUCUGCCGCGUUCGCAAAGUGGAAUUUUGAAGCGGAAAGUGAAGCUACAGUAGGCACGCAUCGUUAAGGCGAGGCGGCGUCCGCGAGAGAUUCGUCGUCGACGAAACGAAGGAGAGGAAAAAAGAAGAAAGAGAAUCGAAGAGAACGAGGAGGAAAAGGAGAGGAAAUGCGAGAGAUCUCGGCUGUUCGUUGAGGGCGAAACGGCGAAGAGCAGCUUUGUGCAGCUUUGCGGAGGAAGAGGGGGGGCGGGGGGGAAAAAGGAAAAAGUCAAAAACGCAGUUUGUACGCAGGCAUCGGGAGCGGUACUUCCGGUAGAAAUAAAAUCGAGCCGUGCGGUAGAUGCAGCCGCGUCCACGUGGGCCGCUCGUUCCGUGGAAGCGAACAGGGGCCAAGCGCGGCAACGAGACACGUAACGGCGACGAGAUCGUUUGGACGGGCCUAAUCGCGGUUCAUGGUAUAGGAGGAAUCCGAUCGUUGCUUUUCGGGCGGAGAGGGGAGGGGAGGAGCGUGGGGAAGAGGUGAGUGAGAGCGAGGAAGGGGGCGGGGGGGAGGAGAGAGACGCGUCGCUCCGCGCGUGGAUCGGCGCGGGCGUGUGGAGGUUGGUUCGCGGGGAGGGCGCGAGGAAGGGGGCGGUUGGAAGGGUUCCGCGACCUGGAGCAGGAGCAGGGGGAGGAGGGGGAGGAGGGAGAGGCUAGGACGAGAGGGUGGUUGCGCGUCGUGGUCGCGUGACGCGCGAGGAAAGUGCCGGGGGACGGGCGGGAGGAGGAGGAGGAGGAGGAGGAGGCAUGAGGAGGAGAGAGUGACGACGCUGCCGGUGCUGCAGCCUCGCACGGAUCGUGAGAGGACCGGCGGCCCCACGGUGGGGCUGCGAUAAGAAUGGCCCCCUUCAAUAUGGCGGGCGUAGCAGGCCUUCUAGCCACCUGCGCCGCCGCUGCUGCUUCCGCUGCUUACCUUCUGCCGUUGCUGCUGUUGCUGAUCUGCCCGCGAGGGACCCACGCGGACCCAGUUGUUCUCUUGGACACGACGCAAGAGGAGAAGCUCGAGUGGACCAAGUAUCCUUUCGGCGCGGAAGCUAACACCCCAGGGUGGGUGGAAGAGUCGUUCACCAACUUCGACAAGGGCAUCAAUUGGCGGAGUUACGUUGUCUGCGACGUCGCGUACAACAACGUGAACAAUUGGCUGUGGACCCCGUUCAUAGAGAGGGGACCGGCGAACCGCAUGUACAUAGAGAUCAAAUUCACGACUCGCGACUGCUCCCUGUUCCCAGGAAACGCGCUCAGUUGCAAAGAAACUUUCAGCCUACUUUACUACGAGUUCGACGUGGCCACCAAGGAGCCGCCACCGUGGGAAACGGACAGUUACAAGUUGAUCGGGCGCAUAGCCGCUGGGGAGGGAAGGUUCAACACGAACACCGAGGUGGUGAUAAACACGGAGGUGAAAUCCAUCCCCGUGACGAAGAAGGGAGUCUACUUCGCGUUCAGGGACCAGGGCGCUUGCAUCUCGAUCCUUGCCAUCAAGGUUUAUUACAUCAGUUGCCCGGAGAUUUCCGUCAACUUCGCCCACUUCCCUGCCACGCCGACCGGCCGCGAGGUGGCGCUGAUCGAGCAAACGAUCGGCACCUGCGUGGCGAACGCCGUCGUGAUCGAGCAGCCCACCUUCCUCUGCAAGGGGGACGGGAAAUGGUACUUACCGAGCGGCGGGUGCCACUGCAAACCGGGAUAUCAGGCCGACGUGGAGAAGCAGGAGUGCACCGAGUGCCCGAUCGGUAAAUUCAAACACGAGGCGGGGUCGCACAGCUGCGAGGCCUGCCCGGCCCACAGCAAAUCCUCCGAUUACGGAUUCACCGAGUGCCGUUGCGAUCCCGGCUACUUCAGGGCAGAGAAGGAUCCCAAGAAAAUGCCCUGCACCCAGCCACCGUCGGCGCCGCAAAAUCUGACGGUGAACUUCGUCGACCAGUCCACCGUGUUCCUGUCCUGGAACGCGCCGCACAUGCUCGGCGGGAGGACAGACACGACUUAUAGGGUGGUCUGCGACGCGUGCAGCAUGGGUGUCAAAUACAUUCCCAACACCGAGGUUUUCAACGACACGAAGAUUACGAUAACUGGAUUGAACGCGGUCACCACUUAUCGAUUCCAAGUGUUCGCCGAGAACGGGGUCUCGGCGUUGGCCGGCAAGUCGGAAUACGUGGACAUCACCGUGACCACGGAUGCGAGCGUGCCGAGUUUGGUGAGCAACGUGAGGAUUACGAGCGUGAAGAGCUCCGAGUUGAGCAUAAGUUGGGACGCGCCGAUAACCGAGAUCGGCGGGGACAGCGACCUGGUGGAAAGAUACGAAGUGAGGUGUUACCCGCGUUACGACGACGCCACCAACGCAACCGUGAUCCAAACCUCGGAAUUGUCGGCGACGUUCAAAGGCCUGAAACCAUCCACGGAUUACGCGAUACAGGUUCGAGCGAAAACUACGCGAGGUUGGGGCGAGUACACGCCCGUCGUGUACAAGAAGACGCCUCACGCUAUGGGAUUAGAUUACGUCGGGGAGGAUGACAAUAUGCAAGUGAGAAUCAUAGCGGGUGCUAUAGUCGCCGUGGUGGUUCUUCUCGUCAUCAUCAUCAUCAUGACAGUCUUGAUAUUGAGAAGCAGGGCCUCGGACGAAUGCAACAAGAAACAGCCGAGCGAUUGCGACACUCUGGAGUAUAGAAACGGCGAAGGACUAGUUGUGACCUACAUGCACUGCAAAAUGGACAGUUCACCGAUUGUGACAACCCACACCAACAACAAGAGCAAGUCCUCGCUGACCACGCCGCUGUUCACACCUGCAGUGGGAGUUGCCGCCGCGAGUGCUGGUGGCGCGGGUGGCGGCGGGGCGAGAAGUUACGUCGAUCCUCACACGUACGAGGACCCGAACCAAGCCGUGCGAGAAUUCGCGCGGGAGAUCGACGCGGGAUACAUCACGAUAGAGGCGAUCAUAGGUGGGGGAGAGUUCGGCGACGUGUGUCGCGGGAAAUUGAAGUUACCGCCGGACGGUCGAACGGAGAUCGACGUUGCCAUCAAAACACUGAAACCCGGCUCAGCGGAUAAGGCGCGCAACGACUUCUUGACCGAGGCAUCGAUCAUGGGCCAGUUCGAGCAUCCGAACGUGAUAUUCCUGCAGGGUGUUGUCACGAAGAGCAACCCGGUGAUGAUCAUCACCGAGUUCAUGGAGAACGGGAGCCUGGACACUUUCCUUCGCGCGAACGACGGCAAGUUUCAGGUGCUCCAGCUUGUGGGCAUGCUUCGCGGUAUAGCGAGCGGUAUGCAGUAUCUGGCCGAGAUGAACUACGUGCACCGGGAUCUCGCAGCGAGGAACGUGCUCGUGAACGCCGCCCUCGUUUGCAAGAUCGCAGAUUUCGGAUUGAGCAGGGAGAUCGAGAGCGCGACGGAAGGAGCGUACACGACCAGGGGUGGAAAGAUCCCGGUGCGAUGGACGGCCCCGGAAGCGAUAGCAUUCCGAAAAUUCACCAGCGCUUCCGACGUGUGGAGCAUGGGGAUCGUUUGUUGGGAGGUGAUGUCGUACGGCGAGAGGCCGUACUGGAACUGGUCCAAUCAGGACGUGAUAAAGUCGAUCGAGAAAGGAUACAGGCUUCCAGCACCGAUGGAUUGCCCGGAGGCUAUCUAUCAGCUGAUGCUCGAUUGCUGGCAAAAGGAGCGAACUCAUCGCCCCACUUUCGCCAAUUUAACGCAAACAUUGGACAAACUGAUACGAAGCCCGGACACGUUGAGGAAAAUCGCCCAGAACAGAAUCAGGGAAAGGGGUGCUCCACCCCCACCCCCACCCGCCUCGUCGACAUCCUCCAACGUGCAUUUGAGGAAAAGGGGCACCAAUCCACUAGCGCCGGACGCGGUGGAUUUAACGCAAUUGACCUCGGUCAGCGAGUGGCUGGCUUCCAUCAAGAUGUCGCGAUACGCGGAGAGCUUCGAGAGAUCCGGCGUAACCACAUUGGAGGCGGCCGCUCGGGUCACCGUUCAGGAGUUGACGGCGCUUGGGGUGACGUUGGUGGGGCACCAGAAGAAGAUCAUGAACAGCGUGACGGCGCUGAGAGCGCAGAUGUCCGCCACCUCGCAAGGCUUUCUCGUUUAAUCGUUUGGCGCACGGUCGGUGCGCUUCUUGUUCCGCACGUUUUCACGCAUCUUGACGCAGCAGGAUUCGAUAUCCUCGAUCGACCUUCGACGCAUCGUUCAUUCGAGGAGGUUACGCGUCGAUCGUCCGCAUCUACCUAGUCAGGACGAUACACCUUUUCCUCGAGCGGGUCACCACCCCCUCCUUCGCAGACGAAAAGAGAGACCAAGAGCGAUCGAUCGGGCGAGCGUCGAAAAGAAACCGCCACUACACUGGAAGAGGCUCGCCAAAUCUCGAGGAAUCGAGGAAUAUCGCUCACAUUCCAUUGCGAAUUCGCCCCCCCCUCCAAUAUUUGUUAGUCGAGUUCCAGCCCCUCUCGACGGAAAAUGGAAGAAUUUCUUCGCUCAUCGACCCGUAGGAGAUUGAAAGCGUCUCGUACGUCGUCGAUAAAAAAGAAACUCGUAACGGGAUCAAUAAGUAAAAAAAAAAGAAAAGAAAAGAAAAAAAAACGAAGCAAAAAAGAUAUGCAGCGACUCUGCGUACGAGUCGGCCAUUAACUUUGUCUUUCUCUUUCUACAAUAUCUUUCUCAUCAGCGCGGCGCUGAUCUCGUGGAUCAUCGCGUUGGAAAGGAAUCGUACUGCCACUGUAUAAUCACUGCCGCAUCAAUUACGUCAUGCAUCAAUCAGAUAGAAAAUCAAACGUGCGACAAACGUGCAACAAUCUUGUACGCGAUUCCUCUAUCCCAAUCUCAAACUCAGAAUUUUUCUGAAAACCGUGCUCGAAAUCACGUUCAAUCACGCACUGAAUCGUUGCUCACACGCAAUUGCAGAGGGAAUCGUCCUGCCAGUCGAUUUUUGUCGAAACGUUUUCUUUUUUUUUUUUUUUUUCUCUCUUUUGCUACCGACGAAGCCUCGUCCUUGUUUUUUACACAGUGUGUUCCUAACCUAUCUUGCGCAGCGGUUACACUUAAGCUAAACGUUAAACGUGUGAUCGGGAUUCCUUCACUCCGAUCGAUAAAACAGAUUCCAAGUAUUACCAUCACGGUACAGACCACUUGCACGAACGAAUAAGAAACGGCCUAAAGAGUAACAUCAACAAACCCCCCCCCGUACAAAUUGUACAACCCCAUCCAUACGAAAGUUUUCAACGAACAACGAUUGAACUCUAUAUAGGGAAAAAUAUAUAUGCGAAACGAAGAUUCGAGAGGUCUAAUGUAAAGUGUAGUACGCUUUAAGGUAACGAGCAUAGAUCGAGAGGGAAAGAUCGAGGGCAAGCGUGAUCUUUAUUAAGCGAGCGUGAUCGCCGUAUUUUAUGUCCUGUUAUGCAGCGAUAUAUAUAUAUAUACAUAUAUAUAUAUAACGUUAGCCCUUAUUGAUAAAGCUUGAUCGAUGUACAAACACGACACACGUAUACAAUACAUACAAACGUAUAUAUACAUACAUAACACUUUUACAUGUACACAACACCGGACGUAUGUUGUAGAUAUAUCUAUACGAAAAAAACCAUCCCGUUCCGUUCUAGGCGAAACGAUCGAAAGGGACGACAGGUAAGAUACGUGAGACUGAGAGCAAGAUUCGUUCGAAAUAAUAAUAGAGAAUAGAAUAUGUUUAAUAUACGACGAUGAUUGCGCGGAGAAUGAAAGGAGAGAAAGAUACUGACUCUUGCCUUCGCGUUACCUAUAUAAAAGUAUAUGCGAUGCGGUAUAUAUAUAUAUAUAUAUAUUAUAUAUAUAUAUAGGUACCUGUCCGGUUAGAGUGAAGAAGAGGGAAGAUGUAAGGAAGCAGGAACAUGUGCCAAUAAAAAAAAAAAAAAAGAAAAAAAAAGAAAAAAAACAGAGAGAAAGCGUGUGUGAACGAGGGAAAAUGUUUUGCGUGAGAGAAGGAAAAAAAAUAAAAAUAAAAAAAAGAGGCGCUCGCUAUCGUUGAUUGCAAGAGAAAGAGAGGAUCACCUAUUUACAUAUACGCGUUAAGAAAAGAAAAAGAAAAGAAAAGAAAGAAAGAAAGAAAGAAAUAGAUUAUAUUAUAACAAAUUUAUUCGAGUUGAUUGGAAGGCCAACGAACGAACGAACGAACGUUGAAGAGUGGAAGAAGAGGGUUAUAUGCCGAAGAAAUCAUAAAACGGUGUUAUCCUCGACACCGUGAACAUAUCAAGGCGUAUUAAAAAGAGAGAAAGGGAGAGAGAGAAAGGGAGAGAGAGAGAGAGAGAGAAAUGAAUGAAUAAUGAAAGGUGAAUACGAUAAGGUGCGUAAACCGGGUAAAUCUUUCGAAGCAACGACGAGUAAAAGAUUUGGCGUAAUAAUGAUAAUAAUUAUCUAGAAAAAUGUGUUUUCGCGACUACACCCUUUUACACGUGAUACGGUUUCGCGAAAGAAACGAAAGCUGACUAUGAAAGCGAUCGUCUCUAUAAAUAAUACAUAGUAGAUUUACUUUUAAAAUCGAAUUGUUUCGCAUCGCAAACGCAAACGUCCACAUCCCAGCGUGCACGCGUAGCGAUCACGGUGUUAGAUCAUUUGGUUGAAGAGAGGCAAAAAAAAAGAAAAAAAAAAAAGGAAAAAAAAGGAAAAAAGAAAAAAAAAGAAAGAAAGAAAGAAAGAAAGGCUUGUUUCGUCGAGAUGGAUGGUCUGUAUCUUGUUACAUCCACGUUCGCUAAUUGUAAAGACUGGUUCCCAGGUUCAUCAUAAUGAUUUCUUUCGGCGGGAAAGAAAGUGAUUCCCGCGAACGAGAUCGGCGAGGGAACGUUCGUCGAUCGAGAGAAAGAUCGAUGAUCGAUUCGAGUCGAGGCGACUCGAUCGACGCUUCCAGACAAGUCGGGCGAGCCACGGGAAAUUUUUUUUUUUUAUUCUUAAUUUAACGAAUUUAACGAUAGAGAUAUAGAAUAUUGAUCUGAAGGCUCGGCGUGGCGAUGCUCGCACGUAGGGAGAGGACGGUGUAGAGAAGGACCUAAAAAUAGUCGAAAUUAUUUCUUUCGCGAUAGAUAGAUUGAUCCGACGUAGCAAAGGGCGGACUACUUAUUAGCAACUUUUUUUUUCAUUGUUUCUUUCGAGUCGAGCCAUCGACGCGUCGGGCCUCUCGAUUACAUUUCGAGGUCAUUCCGUUUGCAUUCGAAAAAUGCGAAGGAAGGUCCUUGGAGACUCGUAUUCGACCCCGCGGCGUUUCCGUAUUCUCGGCGAGAAUUCGUAUUCGAGCGACGUCGCGCGGUUGACGUUCGGUCUCUGUUAGGGAGAGAAAGAGAACGAGAAGCUACUGAAAAUGGCGACGAUUAAGAAGCAAUAAGUGAAUAAUACACGCAAAUGCAGAUUUUUAUAUAGAAAAUGUUAACAAAUUUCAGAAAAUAUUAAUUAUCGAUAGCGCUAUCUUCCUAAAUGUUCGUAUUAAAAGUUUAACGAGAAGUAAGGUAAAGGAUAAGAGCGAUGAAGGAUAACGUGGAGUCCCAACCGAACGGCACAAUAUCGUGAGAGAGAAGAGAAACGAAAUUUCGGGUAUAACGAUAAAGUAAUAUUGCGGCGUGAAUCGAGUCUUACCCGAUUAAAUGAAAAGGGAAUUCGGCCGGGACUCCUCCAGAGCAGAGAUGAGAGAAAGAAAAUUUUUAAGAACUUUUCAGCCGUAACUAUUUGUGUCUAGCGACGAACCUGCGAGUGCGACCUGAAGUUUUGAGAAAUGUCGAUAGUUUCAGUGAAUUAAUAUUUAGAUUUCAUAGAUCUCUAUCGAUAUUAAACGAUCGUAGGCACGAAACGAGCAGAUGAUAAUUAGUUAGAGCGUAAAAGAUAUCUUAUUAGAGACUUCUUCGAUUUUACUUGAGUCUUUCGCGUUCGAACCACCUUCCUUCUUUUCCCUUCUUCUUUUUAUCCUUUUUUUUUUUCGUCUCGAUAUCUAUCCUAUGUAGCUUGUAUUUUCAAAGCUUUCGAUCACACUUAUUACACCGUUUACUUUCGUUUCUAUCUCUUCAUUCCAUCUUUCCUCGUCUUUAUCUCUCUUUUUCCCGCUCGCUCGUUUGCUCGCUCUCUGUCUUUAUCUCUCUGUAUCUCUCUAUAUUUUCCCUCCCCCCGGUUUUAAGUAACCGCAACACGCUUUUUAUGUUAUAAGAGACGAGAAUUCAAAAUGCAAAAAUGCCGAAAGAAGGAAGAGCAAUAAAAAAGAAAAAAAAAAAAAAAAAAAUGAUCGCGUAAUCCGAAUCAAAAAUUCUCUUCGAUUCUCACGCGAAUGAAUCUUUGCUUUUCCUCCUAUCGUUUUUCUUUUUAUUCGUCUUCUUUUUAUUAUCAGUUACGAUAUUUUUCUUUUUUUUUUUUUUUGUAAUUAAUCAUUACUCUUUCUAUCGAGGAAACGUAGCGAUGAGUAAACGAAUGGAAAAUCGUUGAAGACAUCCUCCUCAGACACUCUUUUACUUAAAUACUUUUACUCGAUUAACACUUCUGUACUACUAUUUAUUAAAAGCAAAGAAAGCCUUAUUUAUUGUUUAGAGAUCUGACUAAAUUAAAAAAGAAAAAAAAAAAAAGAAUUUUCUAAUUGUGGUAGGUUAUCUAUUUACCUUAUUAGAAUUGUGCGAAAGGGGACGAAAGAAAAAAAAAAAAGAAAAAAAAAAGAGAGACAUUAUUUCCUUACUUCAGAAUUUUCAAAAAAAAAAAAAACUAUGCCAUUGUAAAGGGAGACGACAGGAUAAAA